AAGCGCCGCUACAGGGGUCUUUUCUGCUCCUGUCACCGCUUAAAACUAUCAGAUGGUUCGAGGGAGGACAUGGAGGCAGCCACCUAGCUUAACGGAACCACGGAGCCCACAGCUGCGCCCUCCGGAGACCCGAGGCCGCCGCUGCCGCAGUCCGCACCGGGACUCCGCAGCCGAGCUCCCCAGCCAGCGGACCGCGCGGCGCUGGGCGCUGCGGGGCUGGGCUGCGGAACUCAGAAAAGUGCAGAGCCCAGCCGAGCUGGGACACUGAGCCGGGAGGGACGCGGCGAGCAGCAGCGCCAUCCUGGAUGCAGACGCUCAACUUGGAGCAACUUUAAGAUCCCAGCAGCCGCCGGCCCGCGCGGACCCAGAACAAGAAGAGGGCAAACAGGAAGAUGCCUCGGCCCGGCCGCAACACGUACAGCGACCAGAAGCCGCCCUACUCGUACAUCUCGCUGACCGCCAUGGCCAUCCAGAGCUCGCCUGAGAAGAUGCUGCCGUUGAGCGAAAUAUACAAGUUCAUCAUGGACCGCUUUCCCUACUACCGGGAGAACACGCAGCGCUGGCAGAACAGCCUGCGCCACAAUCUCUCCUUCAACGACUGCUUCAUCAAGAUCCCGAGGAGGCCAGACCAGCCGGGCAAGGGCAGCUUCUGGGCGCUGCACCCCAGCUGCGGAGACAUGUUUGAGAACGGCAGCUUCCUGCGGCGUCGCAAACGCUUCAAGGUGCUCAAGUCAGACCACCUGGCGCCCAGCAAGCCAGCCGACGCUGCGCAGUAUCUGCAGCAGCAGGCCAAGCUGCGCCUCAGCGCGCUCGCGGCCUCCGGCACGCACCUGCCGCAGAUGCCCGCUGCCGCCUACAACCUGGGUGGCGUGGCGCAGCCCUCGGGCUUCAAGCACCCGUUCGCCAUCGAGAAUAUCAUCGCGCGCGAGUACAAGAUGCCUGGGGGGCUGGCCUUCUCCGCCAUGCAGCCCGUGCCUGCCGCCUACCCGCUCCCCAACCAGUUGACUACCAUGGGCAGCUCGCUGGGCACUGGCUGGCCCCAUGUGUACGGUUCCGCAGGCAUGAUCGAUUCGGCCACCCCCAUCUCAAUGGCUAGUGGCGAUUACAGCGCCUACGGCGUGCCGCUGAAGCCACUGUGCCAUGCAGCCGGCCAGACGCUGCCCGCCAUCCCGGUGCCGAUCAAGCCCACGCCGGCCGCAGUGCCCGCGCUCCCCGCGUUGCCUGCACCCAUCCCCACCUUGCUCUCGAACUCGCCGCCCUCGCUCAGCCCCACGUCCUCGCAAACAGCCACCAGCCAAAGCAGCCCCGCCACUCCCAGCGAAACGCUCACCAGCCCGGCCUCCGCCCUUCACUCGGUGGCGGUGCACUGACCCGCCUCUGGCUCCCUCCCUGGCUCCCAGUCCUGCCUUCCCUAACCUGGGACCGCCACCCUAACUUGUCCAUUUCACCUUCGGCCAACCCUCUCUCCCCUGUGAGAACUUUGUUUGGACCCAGGAGAUAAAACGCAAAUUUAGAGAUGGGCCUGGGGGCGCGUGGGAGUUGUCCUCGCCCCUACAAGAAGAGAAGACAGAGGGCACCUGAGCCAAACCGUCCCGUCCCCGAGGUCCCCGAAACCCCCUUCCAUUUAAGAGGCAGGGAAAAUCCUGUUUCCCGCUUUCACGGAGAGGAGAGCGUCUUUCCUCGGCGGAGAUCGGUGGGGCAGUUAGUUCCAAGAACAGAAAAACCGCCCCAGAGGUGUCCUCGCACAGCUCUGGACGGAGGGCUGCCCCAGCACAUCCCAGUGCCGCAUCUCUGCUUACGUCUCGGAAAUCUUCCGCGAGAAGGGACCACUAAUCUUCCUACCCCAUUCUCCUCCCGACCGGUAGGGGCUGGGCGGACCACAGCUUCGCUGAGCAGCGGGCCUGCCUCCCCGGCUUCUGCGGAGUUUUGUUUUGUUUCGUUUUGUUUUGGGUUUUGUUUCCUGCCAGAGUCUCCAGGCACUGAAAUUAGAAGAGAGGCUGCCAAAUUGGGAAGGGGCCGCUUGUGCUCAACACAGGCAAAACAAAACUAAAAGUAACCUUGUAUUGUUUACAAAGCGCCCUGUAAAAUGUAAACGGUGAACUUGAAUCUGUAUUGCUUGGCGGGCGAGCGGGCAAAGCCCACUUUACAAGUACCUGUUGUAAUGUGAAUGUUUACUCCAUUUCUGGCCAGGUUUAGGGGAGGGGAGGGAGGGAGGGGAAAGUUAAUUGGGAUGUUAACUUUCCGAUUACUUAGAGACAUUUUUAGCUAUUUAUUUUAUUGUUGGAAGGGGGGAAAAAAAGGAAAAUGAAAUAAGCCCAAACUAAGAAAGCAUCAAGGGCAACCCUAGAAGAACUUAGAUAAGCUGACUGGUAACAUGAAGGAGAUGUCACGGGAUAGGUGUCCCACGGGCAAGUCUUUCUGUUUGCUACAAGAACUUUUCCAAGAAGCUAAAGGGCUGCAAAGAGAUGUAAAUGCUUGUGAAUAGGAAUGAUUAUACACUGUGUAAAAUGCACUUUUGUUUACUAUAUUCCUUUAGAGUCUUAGGUAAUUUGCUGGAAAACGAACAGUUGUUCUGGUGUGACCUGCUUAAGUUAAAAAAAAGUUGUAGUGUCAUCAGAGCUGUAAAAUUUUUACCUUUCAUUUUUCUCCCACCCUGUACAGAUUUAGCAUGGCAUUUUAAAUAUUGAUGUCCUUGUUCCCAGCAUGCCUGUUUCAAGACAAAGAAUUUUAAAAAGGUGUCUACAUUAAAUUAUGAACCUAGUCCAAAUAAUAUUUUCUCAUUAAAAUAUGUAAAUUCAAAUUUUAGUUUCGCGUGUUUUUGAAGAGUUGCUGCAAAUAACAGAUGUAGUGCUUCUUUAAGCAUGCAUUCUACAACACAUUGAGUAGUUUGUGGUUCAUAUCUUAUUUGUAAAACAGGUUCAAACCUUGUAUUCACUUUCAGAUUGCAGAAGAAA